AUGGGUACGGAUGGGAAGCCGCAUCGGAUCGCCGGGAAGAUGACGCCCUUUUUCACGGAGCCUUCCCCUUCUACCUCUCUUCUUGCUCAUCGUCCUCGUCUCGACGAUGACCACGACGACGAGACGAAGGGGGACGCCGCAGCGGCGGCGGGGGCGGCCGCCGGGAGCCCCUUGUCGCCGCUCUCCUUUCCGGCGAGCGGCGGCGAGGAACCCGAGCCUCGUCCUCCUCCACCGCCUCCGCCUCUGCCACUGCCACCGCCCCCGCCGAAUUUGCCGGCGACGAAACCCUCGUCCAAGAACUCGAAGCACCCCAACGAGAGAAUUAAAGAGUUCAGAAAUACGAUCGCCUCAUUAUAUGCAGAAAGGGACAUUCUUCAGCGAGAAAUAGAACAGUACAAGAUUCACUGUUCCAUGUUAAAGACGAAUAAUUCCCUGCUGAGAGAACGCACAUUGAAGUUGCUGGAGAAUCAGAUGGCAUCGCCGGAGCCGCCGCCGCCGUCCACCGUCGGCGCACCGCCGACAGACUCCGCGGCGGCGCGCCGACAGCGGCCGCAGGCGAAGCGAAAGGUGGAAUUCGAAUUCGAUCUGAACAAGAUUUCGGAGGAGGCGGCCGCAGCUGCCGCAACGGCAGAAGGGGAGGCGGCGGCAGCAGCAGCAGCGGCAGAGGGGGAGGCUGUGGUGGCUGCCGACGCCAACGCCGAUGCCGAUGCUGCCGCACGGAGCGCGCACAAGGCCGCCAUAUCGGCGGAGGCGAGGAGGCGGAGGAUGGAGAUACAGCGCGCGAAGAGCGCCGCCGCAGCCGCAGCAGCAGCCGCCGCCGCCGCCGCCGCCGCGGGAUCGAUGCCGUGGACGGCCCACAAGAUGCCACGUCUGCGGUGACGAUGAUGAUAGAAGAUGAGUGCUGCUCUUCACUAAUUUUUAUUUUUAAUUUCAUACCGUAUUAUUGGUUUUUAUUGGCCAGUCGUGUAGUAGCUGUCGUUGGUUAAUUAAUUAAUUAAUUCAGGUUUUUUUUGGCCUAUUGUGGUGCGGAGAGAGAGUAGUGUAAAGAUACCACGGCGAUGGUAAAAGAGAUAAUGCUUAUAUACGAAGAAGUGGUCCCCGAAAUAUCAGAUUUUUUUUAUUUUUA